AUGUUCAUUAGCAAACCUCACGACGGCGAAAAAUCGCUUCGAAAACGCCUGCAAGUUCCAGUAGGAGUAACAGACGGCAAUAUCCGAUCUCAAAUGCCAGCUCAACAUCAACUAUUCUUUACCAAUCUUUCAUAUUUUAUCCUCUCGUCGUUGGAUGAGCAGGGUAGACCUUGGGCUACAAUCGUCACUGGCAAACCUGGCUUUUGUCAUGUUUUAUCCCGCAACCAUCUUGCUAUCCACACAACACCCAUCCCGUCUGAUCCAUUGAUUCACAACAUGCAGUCUGGAGAAAAAAUCAAUGGUACACGAAUGGUCGCCGGUCUCGGUAUUGAUUUUUCCAAUCGUCGACGGAACAAGGUGCUUGGACGUGUAUCAAAUCAAUGUUUUGAAUGUAAUGAAGAAAAAGAUGAUGUGCUAAAUAUUCUCAUCGAUACAGAGGAAUCUGUAGGCAACUGUCCAAAAUACAUUACCAUUCGCGAAUUAACCCAUCACGUCGCAUCACCCGUCUCCACUUCCAAACUAGACUCUGGCAUUCUUCCUGAAGACUGUUUAUCGACCAUAUGGGGUGCAUCAACAGUCUUCAUCGCAACAAAGCACACCAGCUCAACCAGCUCUCACAUGGGUGUCAAUCACCGCGGCGGCCCACCUGGCUUUCUGCGAGUUUCGUUAGAUCGCUCUACCGUAUACCUUCCAGAUUAUUCCGGCAACAGAUUCUACCAAUCCCUCGGCAACAUUGAAACAGAUCCAGUAGCUGGACUUUGCAUUGUCGACUUUGGCACAGGAAAUGUUCUUUGGCUGACAGGUACCGCAAAGAAUCUCUUUUCGGAAGAAGCACAAGCAGUCCUGUCCGCCUCGUAUAAUAUAAUCACAGAGAUUAAAGUAACCGGCUGGGUAUAUGUAAAAGAUGGCCUAACACUAAGAUCAAAAGACAUCGAAUACUCACCUUACAACCCUGCCCUCGCCUAUCUCGCGCACGAAUUAUCCGCUCGAAAAAUUCAGCAAACGCCAUCCAUUAUUGCAACCCUCUCAUCCAUCAAGAAAAUUACUCCAACAAUCUCGACAUUUAGAUUUACGACUUCCGGAUCGAUAAGUAUUAAAAACGGGCAAUUUGCCAUUCUAGAUUUUUCACAAGAAUUUACUACGAAAUAUCAACAUAUGAAUGAUGCAUCACCAAAAUCACUCAAUGACGAUUACACCCGUUCGUGGACUAUUUCUUCCUCAUCUUCUGGAAAGAGUUUUGAUAUCACUGUUCGUAAAAUUGAUGGAGGAAAAGUGAGUGAAUAUUUACAUACUUGCUCUAGUCUUCGGGUGCCAUUAAAGGGUAUCGGUGGUGAUUUCAUAUAUAAAGGUAAUGAUUCAUUGUUUAUCGCCGGAGGGAUUGGAAUUACUCCUGUCGUGGCUAUGCAAAAAGAUUUUGACAAUCAGAAGAAGAAUCAUCUGUUAUUUUCACUCCGAGAGGGAGAUGAGGGAUUGUUAGACUGCAUUGACAAGGAUAAAUUUGCCAGCGUAAAAAUAUUUAUAUCCAGAAAAAAUCAAGGACGCCUAUUAAAAGAAGAUGUGGAGAAGAUACUUCAAGAAAAUAAAAACUUAGAUGUCUAUGUGUGUGGUCCAGCGACAUUUAUGAAAGUAGUUCUGACAUGGUUGCAAGAAAUUGGUUUUUCUCAAAACGUCUAUACCGAGGAGUUUACUUAUUAA